AUGAGCCCCAUCAAAGCUAUAUUUUUUGACCUGGACGACACGCUGGUGCUGACGGAGGAUGCCGACAAGGCGGCCUUCAGCCGGGUGGCGGCGCUGGCAGAGGAGCUGCUGCCGGGGGUCAGCGGGCGGCAGCUGGUCAACGACUGGCGCCCGCUCUUCCACGCCAGCCCCUGGUGCCCCGAGGGCAAGGUGGAGGUGGAGGCGUGGCGGGCGCAGCUGUGGCGGCAGGCCAUGGCGCGGCAGGGGCGCGACGACGCGGCCGCCGCCGCGCGCCUGCAGCACUGCUUCAGCAGCACGCGGCUGGAGCACUUCCGCUUUGUGCGGGGCGUGGAGGAGAUGGUGGCGGGGCUGCAGGGCUGCGGCCUGGCCACAGCCAUCAUCACUAACGGACACCGCAUGGUGCAGCGGCACAAGCUGGAGGCGUGCCAGGCGGGCCGCCUCUUCCAGCACAUGCUGGUGGGCGGCGAGGAGGUGGCGGUGGGCUGCGGCUACGAAAAGCCCCACCCCGCCAUCUUCCACAAGGCUUGCGGCCUGGUGGGCUGCCUGCCGGAGGAGGCGGUGCAUGUGGGGGACAGCCUGAUUGCCGACAUCAACGGGGCGCUGCAGUCGGGGCUGGCGGGAGCCAUCUGGAUCAACCGCAACGGCGAGCGGCCGCUGCCGACGGGGCUGCAGGCGGCCGCCGUGCUCAGCAGCGUCCUGGAGCUGCCCUCCGCGCUGCAGCAGCUGCAGAUGCUGCCCCGGUGUCCCUCGUGA